AAUGUUUGAAUUUCUUGUACCAAACGGGACAUGAAAGAAAUUGGGAGCCAAAGCUUAUCCUAUCUACCUCCCAUGCCCUCCAUCUGAUUCUGCGGUCUCUUUCUCCUUUCAUCUUCUCCAAAUCUCACACUAUCUGAAAAUGGCUUCCACUCUAUCAACAGCUACCCUGCGUUCUCCUUCUCAUCCCAGUCCGUCUGCAACAAAUUCAUUGCUUUCUGGCCCCUCCUUUCACAAACAAGCACUAAAAUUUCCCCUCCGGCCCCCGAGACUCAACCGCCGAGCGACACUCCUCCGCCCUCUCGCCGCCUUAGACGCGCCCGAGAAGGUGGUGCAGCUCGGGAACGAAAUCUCGAACCUCACUCUCGCUGACGCCCAGAAGCUCGUCGAGUACCUUCAGGACAAGCUCGGAGUGUCUGCCGCGAUGAUGGCUCCAGCCGCCGCCGUCGCUGCACCGGGAGGUCCCAGCGCCGCCGAGGCCGCCCCUGUCGUGGAGGAGAAGACCGAAUUUGACGUGGUGAUUGAAGAAGUGCCCAGCAAUGCGAGGAUUCCGACUAUUAAAGCAGUUAGGGCUUUGACGAACCUGGCUCUGAAAGAGGCCAAGGAAUUGAUCGAAGGGUUGCCGAAGAAAUUCAAGGAGGGAGUGUCUAAAGAAGACGCUGAAGAAGCCAAGAAACAACUCGAAGCAGCCGGAGCUAAAGUAUCAAUUUCAUGAAAUCCUUCAUUGAAAGCAAAGGCAAUGUUCUAUCUCCCUCUUCUCUUUGUUUAUUUUUGAACAAUUCAAAUUUACUUGUACUCAUUUGCUGCUAGCACUAGACUUGUUGGAUUCACAUGCUAUGUGUUUUGAGGCAUGGAAAGUUUCCCAAUCUCUCAUUUUAAUUGUACCAUUUAAUUAAAUCUCAACCACAAAG